AUGUUGACUGCAUCUUUUGUAGUGUGGGGUGGGGCUGCCAAGCAGGUGGAUCUGGCCCAGCUGCGUCUGCUCUACGAAGUACGCGAGGUCCACGAUGACGAGGAGCUCCCGCCCUUCGCGGGGAAGCCCCUGGAGUUCACCCUGGUCAAGCGCCCGGAGGAGCAAGCGAAGUGGCUCUCCGAGAUGCGCGAAGGGCAUGUCACCAAGUUGAAGGAGGCACCGGCCCACAUCCGAGCCGAUCCCGAGGUCGUCCUUGCAGCCCUUGCUGUGUCAGGACAAAGCUUGGAGUACGCUGCCGAGGCUCUCCGUGCAGACAAAGCGAUUGCACUGGCCGCUGUGCAGUCAGACUGGCGCGCCCUGCAGUUUGUGGACGAGGCGCUGAUGAACGACCGGCAGCUUGUGCUGACAGCCGUGAAGCAGGACUGGUGUGCCCUCCAGUUCGCCAGCGACGCACUCCGUGGCGACCGGGAGAUCGCUCUAGCUGCCAUCUCACAGGCCUGGGGUGCAAUCCUGUUUAUGGAUCCGUCCCUCCGCGCGGAUCGCACCUUCCUAUUGUCGGUGUUGAAGACCGACCAGUGCCGUCUGGAGAUUGCUGCAAGCAAUCUGCGGGACGAUAAGGAGGUCGUGCUGGCGGCUGUGAAACGUCAUGGACUGUCCCUGGCAGACGCAUCGACAGCUUUGCAGGCAGACAAAGAGGUGGUCCUCACAGCUGUUGGCCAGGACUGGCGCGCCCUGCGUGUAGCCUCGCGCGCUCUGCGCGCCGACCGCGAGGUUGCCCAGAAGGCGGUCGCCCAGGACCCCCGUGCCCUGCUCCUUGCGGCCGGGCAGCUGCAGAGAGAUCUCCACUUCAUGCUGGCGGCAGUGGAACAGCAUGGCCAGGCAUUGCAGCACGCGCCUUUGGCGCUGAGGGCCAACCGCAAGGUGGCGAUGGCUGCUGUGAGGCAAGAUGGUGAGGCUCUGCAGUUUGUUGCGGAAGGGCUUCAAGCAGACGAGGACGUGGUUCUUGCUGCGCUGGAGCAAAAUUGGAGGGCGCAUCGCCACGUGUCGCCUCGGCUUUGGUUGGAUUGCAGCUUUUGCCAUCGGGCUGUGCAGAGGAGCUGGCGCAUCUUGAGCAUCUUGCCACCGGAGCAGACGUCGAGGAAAGAGCUGGUGGAGUGCGCCCUUCGACAGAACGGCCGUGCGCUCGAGUUUGCCUCGCCGGAGCUGCGCGCCGACCGCGACGUGGUCCUCCUCGCCGUCCGCCAGGCUUGGCAGGCAGCCUCCUUUGCCCUUGGCCCGGCUCGGCGAGACCGCACGGUGCUUCUGGCUGCUGGUCGCUUGCCCCGCUCACGCUCCAGGUCGCCCUGCGGUCGAAGAUGCAUGACGCACGCGUGA